CCGUACCGGUCGUUCCAGCGUUUCGUAGAUAUCAGCGCACGCCAUACGGCAAACGGCUAAUACUAAUAGUGUUUUUCUACAUUUCUGGUGGCUACCGUACAGACAUGCGAUACGACAACGAGUUUAUGACAAACGACACCGUGACCUACGACAAACGACACCGUUUUUACUAUUAGUUAAUUUACAAUUUUACUAAGACUAUUUUAGUUACUCGUUACAGCACGUUUUACGCGGUGUAUCGCAGACAUGGCAAAUCAACAUUUUUACACCGUCACAGCUCAGAAGGCCACAGCGGUCGUCACGAGCAUUGUGGCAAAUUUUACAUCUCCGACUGAUCGUAAUCUACUUGUUGCAAGAUUUAAUCGUAUAGAUAUAUCCUUAAUCACUGAACAAGGUUUGCAGCCAAUUAAAGAAGUAUCAUUAUAUGGGAAAAUUGAAGUAAUGAAAGUUUUCCGUCCUAAGGAUAAAGAUAAAGAUUUGUUAUUUGUAUUAACUGCUCAAUACAACACUAUGAUUUUAGAAUGUGUUCUAAAAGAAAAUGGUGAUAUUGAAAUUGUUACAAGAGCUCAUGGUGUUAUAUCCGAUAAAAUUGGUAAAAUAUCUGAGAUUGGUACUGUGGCUAUCAUUGAUCCAAGUGCAAGGGUAAUUGGUCUAAAAUUAUGUGAUGGAUUAUUUAAAAUCAUACCAUUAGAUAAAGAAGGUGAACUGAAGGCUUAUUGUUUAAGUAUGAAAGAAGUCGAAAUAGAAGAUAUUGAUUUUUUGUACGGUUGUGAUAAUCCAACUAUUAUUAUUUUAUAUCAAGAUACUAUGGGUCGCCACAUAAAAGCUAAAGAAUUAUCUAUAAAAGAUAAAAAAUUUGUAAAGACUCUUUGGAAACUAGAAAAAAUUGAAAUAGAAGCUUCAAUAGUUAUUCCUGUUCCUGAGCCUCUCUGUGGUGCCAUUAUUAUUGGUCGAGAAUCAGUUAUGUUUUACAAUGAUAUCUUUUUAUUUUCAAUACCUCAACCUGCCAUAAAACGAAGUACAAUAGUAUGUUAUGCUAGAAUUGAUUCAGAAGGUACAAGGUAUUUACUUGGAGAUAUGGCUGGUCAUUUAUUUAUGUUAUUUCUGAAUUGUAAAAAAAAUCCAAAUGGUGAAUUUGAACACAUAGAUCCAGUAGUUGAGUUAUUGGGAGAGAUCAGCAUACCUGAAGCCCUUACAUAUUUAGAUAACAAAAUAAUAUAUGUUGCAUCUCGGUUGGGCGAUUCUCAACUUAUAAAACUUAAUAAAAAGGCUGAUCAAUUUGGUUCACACAUCACUGUUUUAGAUACUUUUAUGAAUUUAGGACCUAUUGUUGAUAUGUGUGUUGUAGAUUUAGAAAGACAAGGCCAAGGACAAGUUGUUACUUGCUCAGGAGCUUAUAAAGAAGGAUCUCUUAGAAUAAUACGCAAUGGAAUAGGAAUUGAAGAGGUGGCCACAAUUGAUUUAGUUGGUAUUAAAGGAAUGUGGCCCCUACGCAUUAAUACUGAUAGUCUUUUAGAUGAUACAUUAGUUUUAUCUUUUGUGGGGCAUAGCAGACUGUUAGCAUACAAUGGAGAAGAAGUAGAAGAAAUAGAUUUACAAGGUUUUCAAUCUGAAUUACAAACCUUUUAUUGUGGUAAUACUUCGAAGAAUAAAAUGGUCCAAAUAACAUCUACUAGUGUUAGAUUGAUUUGUCUGGAAAACAAAUGUUUAGUAAGUGAAUGGAAUGCACCUGAUGGUAAAAGUAUCAAUAUAGUAUCAUGUAAUGGCCAUCAAGCUGUUUGUGCUAUAGGUAAUAGCCUAUAUUAUUUUGAAAUUGGAUCAAAUAAAGUUUCACAAAAUGGGUUUAUUAAAUUAGAACAUGAAGUAUCUUGUCUUGAUGUUUGUUCAUUUAAAAAUCAAUUUUCUAAAACUAUAAGUUUGGUUGCUGUUGGUUUAUGGAUGGACAUAUCUAUAAAAGUACUUCAACUUCCUAACUUUAAAGAACUUGUUCGAGAACCUUUGGGUGAAGAAAUCAUCAUACCUCGAUCAAUAUUAAUGGUAACAUUUGAAAAUAUUGAUUAUUUAUUAUGUGCGUUAGGAGAUGGAAGCUUAUGUUAUUUUCAUUUAAACCCUGAAAAUGGGGUAUUAAGUGAUAAGCGUAAGGUCAAUCUUGGUACCCUACCCAUUUUAAUCAGAAAAUUCCAAUUACUUAAUACUACAAGUGUAUUUACAUGUUCAGAUCACCCAACUAUAAUUUAUUCAUCAAAUAAUAAAUUGAUUUUCUCAAAUGUUAAUCUGCGCAAAGUUAACUACAUGUGUUCACUUAAUACUAAAAGUUAUCCAAAUAGUUUGGCUAUUGCAACUGACACUUCUAUUAUUAUUGGUACUAUUGAUGAGAUGCAAAAACUUCAUGUUCGUACCAUUCCUCUCGGAGAAGCACCUAGACGAAUUGCACACCAAGAGUCAAGCAAAUCAUUUGGUAUAAUAACAAUGAGAAUAGAUGUUCAUGAAGGAAUAAAUUUAGUCCCUGCAAGAUCUAGUGCUAGUACCAGUGCUAAGAAUACUUCUGGUGCAAUUAACAGUCGUUUACCAAAUAGUGCAUCUGUAUCUAAUAGUAAUCAGGGACCAUCAAGUCUUGGAGGUAGUGAAUAUGGUCUUGAAGUUGAAAUUCAUAAUAUGCUUGUACUAGAUCAAAACACUUAUGAGGUAUUGCAUGCACAUCAGUUAAAUUCAAAUGAAUGUGCACUAAGUAUCAUAUCAGCAAAAUUGGGCGAUGAUCCAACUACUUAUUAUAUAUUGGGAACUGCUGCUGUAAACCCUGAAGACCAAGAUCCUAAAUUGGGACGCAUACUUAUAUUUAAUUGGGAUGAUUCUUCAUCAAAACUUACACAAAUAAGUGAGAAAGAAGUAAAAGGUGCAUGUUAUGCUAUGGCUGAAUUUAAUGGAAAACUUUUAGCUGCAGUUAAUUGUACGCUUCGAUUAUUUGAAUGGACUGCUCAAAAAGAAUUAAGACUUGAGUGCAGUCACUUCAAUAAUAUUGUAGCACUAUUUGUGAAAACUAAAGGAGACUUUAUUAUUUGCGGUGAUUUAAUGAGAUCAUUAACAUUGUUACAAUACAAAACUAUGGACGGCAGUUUCGAUGAAACAGCUAGAGAUUACAAUCCAAAAUGGUCAACAGCCAUAGAAAUUAUUGCCGAUGAUGUAUUCUUAGGUGCAGAAAAUGAUAAAAACUUAUUUAUUAUACAUAAAGACAGCACAUUGGCAAGUGAUGAAGACCGACAUCAACUGCAAGAAAUUGGUCAAUUCCACUUGGGUGAUCAAGUAAAUGUGUUCAGGCAUGGAUCAUUAGUAAUGCAGCAUUUCACUGAUACUUAUGUAUCACUUCAAGGAGGUAUUCUUUAUGGCACUUGCAGUGGAGCUCUAGGGUUGGUUACACAGUUGACUCCCAAAAUGUAUGACUUUCUGUCAGAUUUAGAAGGAAGUUUAGCAACAGUAGUUAAAGGAGUAGGAAAAAUUAAACAUCGACUUUGGCGAAGCUAUCAUACUGAAUUAAGGAAUGAGCCUGCUCAAUCAUUUGUGGAUGGAGAUUUGAUUGAAAGCUUUUUAAAUUUAUCAACAAAUAAUAAGUUAGAAGUUGUUAAUGCACUUCAGGGAUCCUACGAUCACGAUUUCAUGAAAAUUCCAGAAAAGACAAAGUUAACUUUGGAUGAUGUCAAUAAACUGGUAGAAGAUUUAACCAGAAUAUAUUAAUUGAUAAUUAAUUUGUAUGUUUUUUACAAAAUAUUUUAUAUUAAACCACAUUUUAUGUACAAAUCAUAUAUUAUAUAUAUAACUAGCUGACCCCGUGCACUUCGUUGCCCGGUUAAAAAUGCAAAUUCUAUAUAAUAUGAUUCGAAUUUUGAUUAAUUUGUUAUUUACUAUUCGGUUUAACGGUGUUCAAAACUUAGACAUUUUCAUUGACUGUUUUGAUUCUCAAAAAUCUUGUGAAAGCACCACUUUAAUAUGUGAAUUUUGUAAAAUGCUUUCUUAUUACACACUAAAUUUGUGAUACGAUUUUACGAAAAAUUGUAAGCAUCGAUCUAUCAUUGUUCAGGCUCUACGUUUAUCAGUCAGUGAGUUACUCAAGUCAUAAUAUUAUAGUCAUUCUGCUUACCGUUGCCGUGAGACUCUCUUAUGAUAAUGAGAGCAGUAUAUUAUCAUGUAGGCAAUCCACACGUGGUGGAUUGCGGACGCCGCGAGAUGUGUAUAAGAAGUUUAUAAUUUCUAACACUUAAGUUUCAAAGUUAUAUCAUUUUUUUUUUUUACUACAGUGGGUAAAAUACAAUAAUGUGCCAUCUCGUGGUUUUUGUAUUGUUGCCUGUUGGUAAAACAAUAAAACUUAGUAUAACUUGUUAUGUUAGUCUAUUGCUGUGAAUUUGAAAUUUACUGUGGACAUUGACUUAUUUCGCUAAUUCUUUUUUUUGUUGAUAUGGUUUUAAUAUUUAUCAUAUUUAUCAAACCUGAUAACUUUUUCAAAUUUUUCGUCCGUAAGAACCUUCUCCGCAAUGAGCUUUUCAAUUUAAAAAAAAAAUCAAAACGAUCGGUUCAGUAGUUUCCGAGAACAUAUCACUCAAAGGUUUUCAUUUUCACAUUUAUAUAUUAGAUUAUAAGUAGGGCCCGGAACUUGAUGAUCUAAAAAUAUAUAAAAAAAUGCAUAAAAUGACAUAAAAAUGUUAAAAAAUGAU